AGGAUGUCUGUGACGGGGAAGAAGGAAUUUGACGUAAAGCAGAUCCUCAGGCUCCGCUGGCGCUGGUUUAGCCAUUCAUCCCAAGGUUCGGCUGGCAAUGGAGGUGGUGGUGUUGGUGGAGUGGGAGGCUACAUCCAACAGGAUGGCCUGGACCACAGAGGGACGCCCUCCCAGGGUCGACUGAAGAGUCACUCUCGGGAAAGAGGUGUUGCAGGACUAUGGAAGACAAACAGCCCGGUCCACAGCAUCUUGGCACCAACGUCAGGGCCCACACCUGUCUAUGUUAGAGUGGGGCAUCAGUCAUGGCACCAUCAACAGAACACCAUUCAGGGUCUUCAUGUCAGUGAGGAGACUUCAAAGAGCAGUUCGUCACCCAGCACCACAAGGAAAGAGGACAUUAACAGUGGGCAGGAAGAUGUGAAGAGCAGUAGAGAGGAACCUGCAGAGAUGGAGGCCAGAGAGAGGUUGGCUCUAAGCACCUUCUCCAGAAUGAAUACCACCUCCUCAGAUGAGUUCUUCCAAGCCACAAAUCACGCAGAGCUGACUUUCCGUAAGAUGGAGACAUACCUCCAGCACAAGCAGCUGUGUGACGUCCUCUUGAUAGCAGGGGAUCACAAGAUACCCGCUCACAGAUUGGUUCUGAGUGCUGUGUCAGACUAUUUUGCUGCUAUGUUCACCAGCGAUGUAAGAGAGGCAAAGCAAGAGGAAAUCAAGAUGGAGGGAGUGGAUCCAGAUGCUCUUAGAUCUCUGGUUCAUUUUGCCUACACUGGUGUCCUUGAGCUGAAGGAGGAGACUAUUGAGAGUUUAUUGGCGGCAGCUUGUCUCCUCCAGCUUUCACAAGUCAUCGAGGUUUGCUGUAACUUUCUGAUGAAACAGCUUCAUCCCUCCAAUUGCCUCGGAAUACGUUCCUUUGCAGAUGCCCAGGGCUGCGUGGACCUGUUCAAUGUGGCUCACAACUACACCAUGGAACACUUCCUGGAGGUUAUUCAGAACCAGGAGUUCCUGCUGCUUCCCACAGUCGAGAUUGUUAAGCUGCUCUCCAGCGAUGACAUCAACGUCCCUGACGAGGAAACCAUCUUCCAGGCUUUGAUGUUGUGGGUGCGGCAUGAUGUUCAGCAUCGACAGCAGGACCUGGGUGUGCUCCUCGCUUUUAUCCGCCUGCCUCUUCUUCCUCCACAGCUCCUGGCAGAUCUGGAAAACAACAAAAUGUUCUCAGAUGACCUGGAAUGCCAAAAGCUGCUGAUGGAGGCCAUGAAGUACCAUCUGCUGCCUGAGCGACGACCGAUGUUUCAGAGUCCGAGAACCAAACCUAGAAAGUCCACCGUGGGUGCACUUUACGCUGUAGGAGGGAUGGACGCCACCAAGGGCUCUACCACCAUAGAAAAGUACGACCUGCGGACAAACACUUGGGUCCAGGUUGGAGUCAUGAAUGGACGUAGGCUGCAGUUUGGUGUGGCGGUAAUAGACAACAAGCUGUUUGUGGUUGGAGGGAGAGAUGGACUCAAGACGUCCAACAUGGUAGAGUGCUACAAUCCAAUCAGUAAAGUGUGGUCCACCAUGCCCCCCAUGUCAACACACAGACAUGGACUGGGUAUUGCUGUGCUGGAGGGCCCCAUGUACGCCGUAGGCGGCCAUGAUGGCUGGAGCUAUCUCAACACAGUGGAGCGGUGGGACCCACAGGCCCGGCAGUGGAACUAUGUGGCGAGUAUGUCCACACCGCGCAGCACCAUGGGAGUCACAGCGCUCAAUGGAAAGUUGUUUGCGGUGGGUGGUCGAGACGGCAGUUCGUGCCUGAGGUCAAUGGAGUGCUUCGAUCCACACACCAACAAGUGGAGCAUGUGCGCUCCCAUGGCCAAGAGGCGAGGAGGAGUGGGUGUGGCAACAUACAACAACUUCCUGUAUGCUGUAGGUGGACACGACGCCCCGGCCUCCAACAAUUGUUCUCGACUCUCCGAUUGUGUUGAGCAGUAUGACCCAAAGACGGACAUGUGGACCACUGUGUCCUCCCUCAGUGUCCCCCGAGACGCGGUGGGCGUGUGCCUGUUGGGUGACAGGCUGUACGCUGUCGGUGGAUACGACGGUCAGACGUACCUGAACACUGUCGAGACCUAUGAUGCACAGAACAACGAGUGGACUGAGGAGGUCCCUCUGAAAGUCGGCAGGGCGGGCACCUGUGUGGUGGUGGUGAAAUUGCCUUGAGCUGUUUUGUCUCAUGGCUCCACGGGAAACAAAUGAGCGGGCGAGAGCUACAAAGAAGAGUGGACAAACAAAGCAACAGAACACGGACACAUAUUUCGAGACUUAUGCUUUUAUUGUUAUUAUUAUUUCUUCUUCUUCUUCUUUCUUUUUUUUUUAAAAUCUGCCCUCCAGAUUCUUACGGGGGAGACAGAGAGAGAGCCUUGCCCACAAACCAUUGUCUCUCUCAUUAGUGGACAUGAUGUCUCCCUGCUGAGCGCUUGUUCACACACUGGAAUGCUCUGCGCAUUCUUCACAUUCUCACCCGAUCAAGAAUUUUCAUAGACUUGGCUCAGCUGUAGCAAUUCAGUGCCAACCCUUUGUUGUAUGGGUUUGUUACGCUACAUUUUAUGAAAAGUUCUAUUUGUGUCUGUAACAAAAAAAGAAGACCAAAAACAACAACAAAAAAAGAGUCCAAUUUAGUUUUACAUUUAUACACAAACAUUUCCUAUCAGUGCCAUCACAUACAGUAUAUUUUUGGGUUUAUACUCCUCUUUAUAGCCAUUCAGAAACAAACAUGUGAUAUAUAUAAAUGUUAUAUCAGUGUCUUUUCUUGGUCGGUGAUCUGAUUAGACUCUUACUCUUUAGUAAAGGGAUCCAUGCCAACUCUGAGAGUGAUGAGUUCAUUCAGGCCUGUUUAGAGUUUUAGGGAUGAAAUCAAAACUUUUUUUUUGCUGAAUAAUAUGUUCGAACAUUGUUCUUUCACUCUUGUAAAUUGAGUCUGUAGCUGCAGAACACCAAAGUAAUUUGAUUGUCUUAGAUGAAGUCCUGUUGAGCAUUCAACGACGGUUUACAAAAUUGUGAAUUACAGAGAAUAUAUCAUAUUGAUAUUUCACAUUGCUGUACAAACUUUUGUGAACUUUUGGAAACAGCACUUGUGUCAUGCCUCAGCCAGCACCAUUGACGUCAUUCUUUUCAUUUGUGGACAUGCGAGAUGACCUAGUGUUUUAUUAGAUUUACACAAUGCCCCACAUCAAGGUCAUUGUCUCUUCUGUAUUUUAAGAGAUUUACUGCCUUCUUGAUCACACACACACACCCACACACACACACACACACACAUCACGGCCACUGCAUUUACAGUAAACCUGAAGAAACAGCAAACCAUGGCUACAUGGCCCAAGGUACAGUAGAUCCAAACCACCCACAUUUCUGACCUGACACUUUUUUAUUUUUAUUUGACUCUGAUCAGAAUUUUUGGAUUUAUAGUUUAGCAGACAUCAUAAAAAGUGCACAUCGCUAACUUACUCACAAUAAGAUCUAUUAGGAACUGAAAUUGCAACAUGAUUUUUGGGGGCCAAAUGUUUAUGUUUUUAUUAUAAUUUUGUACAGCAUGGAAACCUAUAAAUAAAGCAAGUUCAGUCUUUUCUG